AUGACUGUUCCGUUCAAAGUCAAAGCUCUUUACGAGUACUCGUCAGAGUACGAUGAUGACUUGAACUUCUCUCCUGGUCAAAUCAUUACCGUCACCACUAUCGAAGACGACGAAUGGUACUCUGGUACUUACGAUGGUAAAUCGGGGAUGUUUCCAAAGAACUUUGUUGAGGCUAUUGAUGAGUCCGCAAAUGUGACCCAGAAUGUGGAGAAACCUCAAGCGAGCGAGCCCUUGCCACAUUCACAGGUGGAAACGCAGCAUCAACCUCAAGAAGCAGAAGCUCCCGCUCCAAUUACAGAUUCCGCAACCAAAGAAGCAUCUACAGCCCCAGUAAAUGCUACAUCAACCACAGAAACCAAUCUAUCAGUUGAGGACACUAGUGUUGGAGAAAGUCACGUCACCAAUUCGUCCAAGCAACCUUCGGUAUCGACAAAAGUUCCUCUACCAGGAAUGACUCCUCAGCCGCGAGAUGACCCAUAUGCUAUCAAGAAGCAAUUUUUUGGAGCAGGAAAAUCAUCAUACGUGCCUCAAAUAAAGCCUCGGGACCAAUCCAAUCUCGUUGCGCACACACAUAAUCCUACGGUCCCACCAACUGAGGUUGUACGCGAGCACGACCCGCAUGCUCAAGAGGAGGAAACUGAAGAGCCAAAAAUGAGCUUGAAGGAAAGAAUUGCUUUGCUUCAGCAAAGACAGAAGGAAGAAGCGGAACGCGAAGCUGCUGCACUCAAACGCAAAGAGGAACGGAAGAAGAAAGCGGAAGAGGAGAAGGCAGAGAGACACAAAAAGGCUUCUGUAUCUAGAAAUACUACUGGAAAUUCUCAUGAACACGCCGAUGCCGCAGAUACGUCUUUACACGACGAAGAUUCUUUUGUUGACGCCUCCAAGGACCCGUUGUCACAUCAAGAUACCGAAAGUCUUGAUCAUGACGCAAACUUCGUUGAUCCAGAUGUUCCAGAGUAUCUGGAAGACGCAGACGAGAAGGAAGAAGAUACAUUAGGAGAAGAGCCCGAAACGGAAGACAGGGAAGAAGGAGAGGAAGAUGAAGAGGAAGAGGAAGAUGAAGACGAGAAACGUAGAAGACUUGUGGAGAGAAUGGCCAAAAUUUCUGGCGGAAGAAAUAUGUUUGGAAUGAUGGGUAUGCCAACGCCAUUCGGAGCCCCGGCUCCUGCGUCCAAACCUAAAAACGCCAAGAAGGCUGUGGAGGUACCUGUCGAAAAAGAGACUAUCACGGAAGGGGCUCCUAUGGAGAUCUCAGAAAAUAACGUUGGAACCACCCGUGCUCCUUCUCCACCAGCCGAGGCGGCACUGGUUUCACACAAGGCUCCUGAAGCUCCACUCGAACUGACUCAGCAGCAGAGAAAUCUCGAAGCUAAAAAUGUUCAAACAUUACAGUCGGAAGACGAUUUGAGUGUUUCCAAAGAGGACAGCAUGGAAAUCGUGGCAGAUAGCUCAAGUGAGGAUGAAGUGACAGGAUACGACGCGGAUGAAGAUCUCUCAGAUAGAGGAACAAUUCCGAAGUUUGAAGCGAAAACAGAAGGAGUCUCCGCCCGUGUUCCACCUCCUGUACCCUCUGCAAUCCCUCCCCCUUCUCGAACAGCACCUACUGUGCCGACUGCAUCGAGCGUCCCAGACGUUCCCGCAGUCAAUUCCAGUUCUCCUCCUCUGGUAACUGUACCACCCGUUCCAAUUGUUCCUCCUGUUCCUACUACCGAAAGAAGUGUUCCUGAGCAUACUACAGCUCCUCCUGUUCCUGGUGAAGCUCCAGCGGUUCCUAGUAUGACUGCACCUCCUAUUCCUUUUUCAGAUACUAGGGAACGAAAACAACCUCCUCCGGUACCACAUGUGACAACAAUGCCGGAAGAACAUGAUAGUAAACCACUGCAUCAUGAUGAACCCGGUAUUCCUAGCCAUCACGCCCCACCUCCACCGCCGCCCACCUCUGUACCAGCGCCACCAAGAACAAGUGUACCACCACCAAUACCGACGCACGCUCCCCCUCCACCCACAGGUCACGUACCGCAAGUUCCAUCAAGCCCAAUUCCUCCUCUUCCUUCCUCUUCCGUCCCACCCGUUCCACCAUCAGCACCUGUUCCACCAUCAGCACCUGUGCCACCUUCAGCACCUGUCCCUCCUCAUGCAACCUCAACACCAUCUGGUUUACAUGAGCGUACUCUUCCCGAAGAGGAAGGAAAUCUUUCCAGUGAAGAGGAUGAACAAGAGGCCUUCGAAGAUGGUCACGAGAAUUUCGAGGGCGCAGGAGAUACUGGGUUCGUUGCAUCUGGAAUUCAAAAGUCACUGACAUUCACUAACGCUGGGGCAAUCCCAACUACAAAGCCCGUGGCUAAAGCUUCUACUACUAGUAGCUUUGGUAGAACUUCAAUUGACAGUGUUGGCAGAUCUUUGAGUUCUCGUGAGAACAAACUGGAAAUUUCUCAAGCUGAGCAAAGUGCCCCUCUCUUGAAAGCAGAAUUGAAUAGUCUUUCUGAGACCUCUGCUUGGUGGACUCGCGAUGCCAUUCCUGACAGUUUGGAGCCAAAAUUAGGUAACGACCUUAUCUUCGAAGUAGACACGCAUGAGAUUCAGAAAAGAUCGAACAAGCUCGUUAUUUACAAGGACUAUUACUUUUUAUUCCACGAUUUAUCUCAAAUUGUGUUGGAGAUGCAGUUCCUGGCCGUUGACCCGCGAACUUCUGUUAUUGUUAAUAGUCUUUCGGUGAAUCCGGCCCCACAAUAUCGCAAGGACCUAUUGCACAAAUUGACUGCGGUAUACAGUGAUGACGUGGUUGAUGUAUCAACGAAGUUAGUUGGCGCCAAAGUUGCAUCCGGUAUUGUUGGCAAUGUCUUCAGCCAUGUCCAAAAGAAACAUCCUCAGUUGUUGAUGCCCAUUGGCGAAAAGUCUUACGGUGUAACCGUUUACAGAAAUGUUAAUCAUCAUGUCACAAUGACCGAUGAAGUCAAACCGGGUGACAUUUUGUGCAUGAAAAACGCUAAGUUCGCGACCAAAGCCUUAGGUGGCCUUGGAAACAAGCAUGUCACUAUAGGAGAAGGAAAUUCAGUUUACUCAGCGGUGAUCACCGAGUACGAUCCCAAGAAGGAUAAGUUUAAGGUGCUUGAAUGCGACAAAAGUGGCGUCGUCAAAAAGGAAAGCUACAAGCUUGGUGAUAUGAAGAGUGGAAGAGUUCGCGUUUUUCGUUUAGUCGAUAGAGGCUUUAUCGGCUGGUGA